AUGGCUCAGCUGUUCAAGCAAGAGAACGAUGCCUUGUUGGAGCUGCAGUGGUACAACGCUGGGGAAUAUCACAGGACUAAUGGCAUGUGGUGUGGAGGGGAGUGCAUCCCGGGGGUAUCGUGGAGUCGAGAUGACUUUGUCGAUAACCUCAUGUUGUGGUGGGGGGAUGCUGUCGUUGAGGAGGUUGGCAAGUUCCGGUAUCGACCAAAUUUUAUGGAUAAGGGAGGGCUGGUGUUGGACAUAGGAGGCGCAUGGACCUCAGUUCAGUCCAAGGAGAUUUGGGCUCAGUCGAUGAUGUGCAUGCUGAGCUCUAUAAUGUGUGGUAUACCAGGAGAGAUCGCUGCGUUGCUGCCGGCCAGUGAUCCCUUCUGGGACUUCAUCGUGGAUAAGGAAGGCCCAGAGGUUGUUCGCCUCCAGCGCGCGAAAAUUCGAGAGGCCCGUAAUCGACGAUUUAACGUAUCUUGGCAAGAACAACGGUUUAGGAAGUUACAUGGGGACUGCACUAUGUUCCAGCCAUCAUUACCGUCAUCGGAAGGCACCUCGGAAUCUAGUCGGCCACGUGGAGGAGUAUUGGAGAACGAGGCUCCAGGGGGUCCCCAGCGUGGUCAGGAGGGGCCGGGAAGGGCGUCGACCAUCGUGGAGGAGAUGAAGUCUUCUAAGAAGAAGUCCAAGGAUACUACAGAGAAGCCUGGUACGCCUAUGCGGCCCCCGGUGGUGGUGGCCACGUCACGGACUACGGACCCAUCUGCUUACCCUUCUAGUGUCUGUACGGACUCCACAGCACCUUCAGCCAGUGAAGCGCGAGAUGUAAGGGAGUAUAGUGGCGUUGUGACGGCUGCUAUAGACUAUGACCACGCUGAAGAGGGAGUUGCCCGGAUGAGACGGGGAGAGAGAUUCCAUUGCAAACGGCAGACGAAGAACCUUUUCCUCGGCUAUAAGGAGGGCUCGAAGGAGUUGCUGUGGCUUCCCAAAUUCGUGGUUACUGGUGACCUUACGACGCUGAGGAGAGAGUAGCAAGUUGACAGUUGUGAUUUGUCGUC